AUGAGUUAUAACAAUCCGUAUGCGGAAGAGAGCCACGAGAAGUAUGAGAUGACUGAGCAAGAUGGUGGUGAUUUCGUGGAGUUUAUGAAUCAAAUUAGCCGUAUCAACCAAGGCUUAGACCGUUAUGAGGCUAUUAUCGAUCGUGUUGAUAGGCUACACAAGGAGUUGUUGACGGAGGUCAACGAAGAGAGAGUACAAGAAGUGAGAACUGCGUUGGAUAAUUAUGUCGCACAGGCCUCUGACAUCCAGUACCAGUUGAAGGACGACAUCAAGGAUGCUCAAAGACAAGGGUUGAGAGACACAAACAAGCAGGCUCAAGCUGAAAACUCCAGACAGAGGUUCUUGAAACUGAUCCAAGAUUACAGAAUCAUCGAUGCUGAUUACAAGGAUGAGAACAAGGAGCAAGCCAAGAGACAAUACAUGGUUAUACAGCCAGAAGCCACCGAAGAAGAGGUUGAAGCUGCUAUCACCGAUGUCGGUGGCCAACAAAUCUUCUCUCAAGCUUUGCUGAAUGCUAACAGACGUGGUGAAGCCAAGACUGCAUUGGCUGAAGUUCAAGCAAGACACCAAGAACUGAUGCAAUUAGAGAAGACAAUGGCUGAAUUAGCACAACUGUUCAAUGAUAUGGAAGAGAUGGUUGUCGAACAACAAGAAAACAUUGAGGUCAUUGACAAGCACGUCGAGGAAGCCCAACAAGAUGUCGAACAAGGUGUUGGCCACACAAACAAGGCUGUCAAGAGUGCCAGAGCUGCUAGAAGAAAGAAGCUAUGGUGUUGGGGUAUCGUAUUCGUGAUCUUUGUAAUUAUUGUUGUCGCCGUUGUUGUCCCAUCUGUUGUUGCAACAAGGUAA